CGGCGAGACGAGGGGCGAGCGAGUGAGUCCGACUCCGCGGGCGAUGGAGAGAGGCACACGACGUCUUGCUUGCCGCCUGCCUUUGAUUUCUUCUCGAGACCACGCAACUAAGUCUUCGUCUCUCUCUUAGCACCCGCCAUGCCCGCCAACAAAAAGGGCAGCGGCAAAUCUUCCGCCUCGUCGGCCACACGCAAGAAGCAGGCGGCCAAGAAGGCCAAGAAGGCAGGCGAUGGACCGGACGCCGUAGCUCCCGGUACGCCAAAAGGCCCUCAGCGUGGCCAGAAGAAGGACAAGAAGUCCAAGAAGGAGCCAAAGAAGAAGGUCUUCAUCCCGCCGCCUAAGCCACCUCAGCCCCCGCCUGAUCCGCUCGAUACGCUCGGCUUGGCGUCAUUACUGCCGCCGGGCUUGGUCGUCUUGCUGAGGAAAGCUGCAAAGAAGGAUGUCGUCACGAGAAGUAGGGCGCUCGAGGGGCUACUGGCCUGGGUGGACGGGCAAGGCGGUGAAGACGAGGAAGCAAAAAUGCUCAGCGCUGAGGAGAGAGAGAGCGCUCUCGUCAUGAUGCUUCCUAGCUGGGCGCACCUUUUCCCUCGAUUGGCAGCCUCGCCCACAAGACGGUUGCGUUUGCUCACUGCGCAGAUACACAGUCGCCUCCUUGCGCCGUCAUUGAGCACAAGAGGAGAACUCACCCAGUCACAUCAAUACAUCGAACCAAUCUUAGGACCCUGGGCGACGCUGGCAUGGGAUACCGAUCGAGCUACGUCGCUUACGGCGAGAGAGAGCUGGGAGAAGUCAGUCACUUGGGGAAGUGACACCGAAGGUGAGGGGGACAAGCUGUCCCUCUCGGACUACCUCUCGCAACUCGCCAACUAUCUCUCCCUCCUCCUCAGCCAAGGCUCAUCAGCAGCUCUCGCGAGUGGCUCUGCAGCCCCCGCCUUGACGAGAGGACAAUCAUUCGCCAAUGGCGCCGAUGGAGGCAGGGACGCAAAGAAUCGCGACGAGACCAAUGUCGAGGAAGAUCCGCGAGGCAUCGAUGCUAGACUAGCAGCAGGGGCUCUCGGGGCCCUGACUUGGAUCUUCUCGUCCAACGCGAGCGUCUCAGAUUCGUGCGAGGAGCUCGUCAACUUGCUCCAUUCACAAGAGAUGUGGGGAGCUUUGCACUCUUCGCCGCAGCACGAAGGGCUUGGCGCCGGAUACCCUGUCACAAGAACAAGAGCAUGGGAGCUCAUCGAGGUCUUGACGGCCAAGCAUGAUGGCUUGCUCACCCAAACGCUUGACAUCGUAGCCCCAAUCGCUCUCUCAGCGGCGUGGGAAGAAAGGGACACAUCGACGCAGAGGCAGAUGUUGGACGCCCUACUACCUCUGUUGAGCAAGCAUCCAGAUGCCUGGAAGAUGGCCGGUGAGCAGGCAGAUAGCGAUGGCGACGAUGACGAUGACGAUGAUGAGGACGAUGAGGACAGCGAAGAGGAAGCAGAAGCAGGGGUCAAGGAGCCCAAGAUCGUCGCAUCGACGACCUCGACACUGAGCACCAAGCUCGCCAGCUUUACAGCAUGGGUUCAGUCAGGUUGUGCAGGCCAGCCACUGCAAGGUCUUCCAACGAUCCUCAUCUUCCUCACCACGAUCCACGCAGACCUUUUUCCCCUCGAAGCCACACCAUGGGAUCAUUUUCUCAACAACUUCUGGGCUUCCUACGAGUCCGGUCUUUACGAUUCUGGCGACCGUCUGCCGCUCAAUGUCUUCUUCAACAGCUAUGUUGAGUGCGCGGCGUACCUUGUGGGAAGGGUGAGCAAGAACAGCACGGAGCAGGCGGCACAGCUGGCGAGGGAUCAUUUGGGCAAAGUGUGGAGAGAGGAGGUGCUUGAUGCAACUGAGGGGCGGGAACCGAUAGAGACGCGUCGCACCAAUCCUGCGGCCGUAACUCGUUUGAACAGCCUUCGCCAAGGCGUCGAUGACAGGCUGGCGAGCACCAUCGCGAGCUUGGCCAAGCUGAAUGCAGCCACUCCGCUUCUCGAUGCCAUCUUCGGCCGCUUGGACGAGAUUGCACAAGGCAGCAUUGCAAGCUCGGCAGCUCACAUCGAACGAGCAGUCAGCAUCCUGUCGAAGCUGGCAUCAUCACCGUCAGAGGGUUCGACCUCUAUCCUCGCUCAGCAAGUCCAAAGCAGAGUCACAAAAGCCGCAGACGAGGCUGCGCAGUCCACCACAACGACGUCGCUCGAUAGUCGCCUUCUCCUUCUUUCGAGCCUCCUCUCGCACUUCCCUGCCGAUCUUGGCCCGUCCUCAGCGGCUCACAGCGUUGCGCAGGACGUCUUGCCGACUAGCAUCACCCAGCAAUCCAUCAACACCUCGACACUCGGCAAGUUCAUCUCCGCUUACGCUCGCGCGGCGCCUUCGUCGGACGUAGAGAAGGCGGUAGUCACUCUCGUAGAGAGCGCCGCCUCUGUCUCAGACCCCAAGGCAAAGGUAGCAACCCUGCAAUGCCUUCUAGAUGGGCUGCCGUCAGACGUGCAGCUGGAUGCCCCUUCCGGUACCAAACUGGAUGACGUGGCGCUCGACGUGGCGAAUGAGCUUGCGUCAGGAUCAAAGACCGAGGGCGAGGCCUUCCUCAGUCGUAUUCUGGACCAGCCGGGCCCGCUCGUGGAUGUGGAGACGGUCAAGCAGAUUCUUGCCAUCCUCAUCUCGCACAUUCACGGGGCAGCAAGGGAGCAGAGGGGCAGCGCAGAGUCUUCACUUGACCAGAUCGCUGGCAUCUUGCACCAUUGGGUACAAAAGGCGCCGCAGCAGAGACUCGAUCAGGUGCGCGAUAUUCACCUGCUCGAGCCAUUGCUUACUGCAGCCUUCAUGCUCAAGUAUCUCAGGCAGAGCGGACCGCAUGGCUCAUUGUCGUCACUGUGGGAUGCUGUCUCCUCAGACGCCAAGGCAACGGAUGCCGCGCUUGAGGUGCUGCGCGAUUCAGUCCUCGAUGCCCAGAUCGAGGUCGUGGUCGUGCUUGAGGCCGCGAGGCGCUUUCUCGGCUCUUCCUCCACCGCCGGACCAAGUAGCAAAGACGUCACUGCGUUGUCGAUACUGCCAUCAAGACAGAAGAUGGACGAAGUUCUCCUUGAGGGUCUAGCAGCCACCUCCUCGUCACCUGCGCUAGCUAUCCUGGAUCCCCUCGUCACGCCAAAGGCCGGCAAGAGCGCCGCAGCCACAUCUGUUCAGCAUGACGUUGAGGGUCUGAGCCUCGGCGUGCGAUCCGCGUAUGCCUUGCUCCUCACCCUGGAGGAGAGUCGGGCAACAGCCAAAGCCAAUCCGUGGGCUCUGCCGCACCUUGUCUUCCUGGCCACAGUCUGUGAGGACGAGCUGAGUGCUGCCGGAUCCUCUCGAGGUCUGGUCGAAGGCUCGGUCGAUCCGGCGAGGCUACAGGGCAUACUCGUGCGAGCCGUACAGGUCAGUAGCGGCAUUCUCGUAUCAGUGGGCGGGUCAAUCGCGGAGUCAUGGCACAAGACGGCCACCGAGGCUCUUCAACGAGGUCUCGAUGGCGCAGUGAGCAGCCAAGAUGCUCUGCUGGCCACUCUGGCACGGCUUUGGCAACAAUGCCUCAUUCCCUCAUCGGACUCACGCCUGCCCCGCAUCUUCUCUCGUCUCAUCUCCGGCGUCCUCUCCUUCAGCUCUGCCGGCGAUCAGGAGGCCACGCUUUGGUUGCGUCUGGGCAUGAGUGUGGAGAGCAAAGCCCCCCUCCUGAGCGAGGCAGUGAUUCUUUCAACCGAGCCCCUCGUCCUCGAAACGCCCUUCUACGACCGCAUGAGGAACGACGUCGUCUCGCGCCUGUCCGCCACUCCACCCACCAAGGCAGCAUCAGAAGGCGUCCGGCUGCUGCGUCUGGCCGUUGCACUAGCACCGCCGGUCGAGUCGGAUGUGGCUCUGGUACCGCAGCAACGUGCUCUUUUCCUCCUCCAAGGCUUGCAGCGCUGGAUGGCCUCCGAAGAGGAUUUCCCCGAUGAGGUCAAUACGCUCGUGGUCGACUUGUUCCUGCAUGUAGCGCCUAUUGUGCAGGAGAUGCCAGGUACGCAUUUGGACUUCUUUUAUGAUGUCUUGGAGGAGAAUCUAGAGCUGGCUUCACUCAAGGAGGAGGCAUCCCUGCCUGGGUUGCAUGCGACACUUCAGCUGCUUGAGACGCUGUGCGAGCUGGCGGGGACGAAUGCGACGCUCCGGGAGGUGCACAAAGACCAUGAGGAGGCAAUCGUGGAACUUUUGCAACCGCUCUUCGCUUCGCUGGCCACAAUGUCCUCUGCAAAAGGGCAGCAGCAAGCAGCGCGCACAUCUCUCCCUCUCGAGCUCACCUCCGACCUCCUCGUCUCCGUUGUUCGCCGUAACAGCGAGGGCAAGAGCGGCAAGGCUUUCGGCCAGAGUACAGAGCACCGCGUUACCCUCUGCAAGCUACUGAGCAGCCCGAUGCGCUCUGUACAGGCUACAGCGUACCGUAUGCUGUCGGCUUCAAUUCGCGCUCAUGUGCAGGAACUCAUCUUCCAGUCGGCGAUGGACAAGGGCAACGAAGGGGGAGGCGGUGCUGAGGGUGCCAACGAAGGAGAUGGAGAGAAGGAAGCUACUCCAGUUGCGGAUGCUGCACAGCAAUUGACCACCUCCAAGCCGACACCGGUGCAAAAGCAUCGCGUCGAGCUCCUGCCCCAGCUCAUAGAGGCGGUGCGCUCCCCGCUGGUCGCUACCGUCGAGGACCUACAAGAGGACGCCGACCUCUGCCGCGCAACAUUGAGCUACCUGCUCUGCUGGCUUGCAAUAUUCGAACACUUCGAGGGGGCAACACCGGCCCUUCGAGCUGUCUUCUCAAGUCAGCUGCAGAGCGAUGGAGCCCUUGUGGCUAGCAGCCUGAUGCCGACCGUCUUUGAUCUUGUGGAGCCGCAGCGUAGUGGGCGGACCCAGUCGAUGACGGCCGCUAUAUCUGCUUCGGCGCAAGCUGCUUCGGCGCCUGUGGUGGCUUACGACCCGGAGCGCUUCUCCCUCGACGAGCUCUUCCUGGACUCCAUCGACCCUUCGGACGUCACCUCACUACGGCACCUUGCAGCGCACGUCUAUCUUCGCUCGCUCAUCCAUCUUGCCUCCUCGGUGCGCGAAUGGUUCUCCUCAAUCAAGGACCGCCAGCUCUCGAUAGGCGUCGCCUCCUUCACAACGCGACAUUGCUCACCGCUCCUCACGGGCAGGGAGCUUUCCGCUCUGCGCGACCCUGACUCUGAGGCAAGGCAGCAGCUCUUGCAGGAUGACGCGAUGAGCAUCAAGGUGCUGUCGAGCGGCACAGGGGGCGGAGGUGAGGUGCUUGCAACGUACACGAUCGACGAGCAUCCAUUGGAGAUGGCCAUCCGUCUUCCCUCUUCGUACCCUCUGCAUCCCAUCGAAGUCAAGGACGUCCGCAGAGUAGGAGUCGCCGAGUCUACUUGGCGCUCUUGGCUUCUCUCGGUGCAACGUCUCGUCUCCACCGAAGGUGGCGGCCUAGUUGUUGACGCGCUGCUCCUCUUCAAGCGCAACGCUGAAGCCAAAUUUGCCGGGUACGAAGGGGCAGAAUGUGCGAUUUGCUAUUCGAUCAUUAGCCCAGAGGAUAAGAGGAGCCUGCCGAACAAGCACUGCAAGACUUGUAAGCACGGCUUCCAUGCUGCGUGUCUGUUCAGAUGGGUCAGUACGAGUGGGUCUGCGACUUGCCCACUUUGUAGGUCGACGCUUUGAGCGGGGUGACGGGCAGAGGAGAAAGAAGAGAUGUUACGGCGCAGAGGCGGUAUCGCUCGUUCUACAAUCUGUAUUUGCAACACUAAUGUGUCCAUUUU